AUGUUUGACCAACUGGUGAAGCAGUGGGUGGCCAGCUGUCCGAACGAAGAGACCCAGCACCGUCUGCAGUCGGCUUUUCUGGAACUCAGUGAGCCGUUGAAUCGGGCGCUGCAGUCAGCGAAGACGCCCGCCCCUCACCCGCUCACCGGUGGUGCCGUCGUCCUUGGGCGCCCCAAUCGCAUCGAACGUGCCGACUUCCAACAACUCUUCCAUUCUUUCGUGCUCUGCGUCCGUGCCUUUUUGUGUAACUUUUAG